GUCAUAACUCUGUGGUAUUACUGACGUUCAGCAGUCCAGUCUGCUCUUGCUUACAACCUCCAUGUCGAACCCUACUCUGCUGCGUUCUCUGCGGCCUCUAAUCCAAUGUUCUCGCUCAAUGCACAUCGCGUCGCUCGACGUCGCCCGAUCACGCGCGACUCUGUCCUUCGUCCGCACCAAGUCCUCGAAGGCAACCAAACUGCAGGCCUCUAAGAAGUCGGCGGCAGCACCCAAAGCACCUUCUACUACCGCACAAGCUUCAACCACUUCUACAAAUGCAGUGAAGACGGAGGUAGCUGCGGAGUCGACGCCCGGAGCACAGGCGUACAGGAGCGGGACGGGAAAGGUCACUGAGAUUCAGCAGGAGACGCUGCCGUGGGCGGAUUACCUUGCUAUCCGGAAGGAGAAGCGGAGAUGGGAGACGGCGAUGUCUGUACCGUUUAUCAUUGGCGGCUUCACGGGGGGCAUCAUGUACUUCGGAAAUCAAGAUGUGGACCCCACGAAGCUCAUCUUUAACAUGGACCCUAUGAUCGUGUAUGGGUUUUCGACCCUCGCGUGCGCAGCCAUGGGCUACCUCGUAGGGCCCAUUGUCGGCUCUUCAAUAUGGCGGAUGUCCCACAGACGGACGCUGAAGCUCAUCGAGGCCCGCGACCGCGAGUUCCAUCAACACAUCGUGAAGAAUCGGGUGGACCCUACCGCACAGAGCGCAACAAACCCUGUGCCAGAUUUCUAUGGCGAGAAGAUUGGCUCGUUGCAUGAAUACAGACAGUGGUUGAGGGAUCAGUCGAGGUACAAGAAGAAGGCAUACUUCUCCGAAGAUGUUUAGAUCACACGUUGACUCUGUUGCAAUGCACAUGCUAUGACCCGCAACUAGAGAAGAGGUAGCCUAACAAUUCAUUCCCUCAUUAAUGGACCACAGUGCAUCCGGACGCGCUCAUUCACCAGGCAUAUAGUGCUAGGAAGUAUCAUACAGAGAUGCAUGACCCCGGUAUGACAAACGGAACAACGGUACAGGGAGCAGCACCAUCAUACGUAUACAGGUAUACCGGUGGCAUACACUCCAUUGGCGUACGGCUUGUUCUCAUACACGCCGUCCUCGUACGGUUCGUCUGCGUACUGCCCGUUUGCGUAUGGCGGGUUUUCGUACCGUCCAGCUUCGUACACCGUGGCUGUAUCCGAUUCAUCUUCAUCGGCCUCCUCUUGAGGCGGCCAGACUUCCCGUCGUCCCAGCUCCCUCAACCGCCCCGUCUCAAGCUCGUACACCAUGCCCACCACCGUGACCUGCU